GAAGGGUUGGAAGAUGUACAAGGGGCAUUGCUAUGCACAGCCUAGUAUUCGUCUGAACUGGUAUAAUGCUCAGAUGUUCUGCAGAAAACGGAAUGCUCAUUUAGCAAGAGUGGAUGAUAAAUAUGAAAAUCAUUGGCUUGCACAUGCAUUCCCGGAAAAAAAUUGGUAUAUUGACUUUACUGAUCUUGGCGAUGAAGGUGUGUGGAAGUCUUUUACCUUCGGUGAGCGAGCAAUGUACACCAACUGGAUUCGAGACAAUCCUAGUAAUUCUGGAUCUGGUGAACACUGCGCAGAAAUAAACUGCGAAAACUUGGGAUUAUGGAAUGAUGUCCCUUGUCAUUUCAAGCUAAAAUUUGUUUGUGAAACUUUCGGAAUCAUAGAAUGA